UCCCGGACGCGCAUGAGAAAAAAUUGUUUGCGGCUUUUCGUGUUGUGAAAAUAAAAUCUCAGAAAAAUGGCAACGAAAACGGAUAAAUCACUGAAUAUAGAGAUUAAUUUUGAUGAAGAGGACGUGCCGUAUGAAGAGGAAAUUCUUCGGAACGCUUACUCCGUGAAACACUGGCUGCGCUACAUUGAUCACAAGGCCAAGGCGCCCAAUAAUGGAGUGAAUCUGGUGUACGAGCGGGCUCUGAAGGAGCUCCCCGGCAGCUACAAGAUCUGGCACAAUUACCUGAGGACCCGGAGGAAGCAGGUGCGUGGGAAAAUCCCCACGGAUCCCAUGUACGAGGAGGUGAACAGCGCCUUUGAGCGCGCCCUUGUCUUCAUGCACAAAAUGCCACGCAUUUGGAUGGACUAUGGCGCCUUUAUGACCUCCCAAUGCCGAGUGACCCGCACCCGCCACGUCUUCGAUCGGGCUCUGAGGGCGCUGCCCAUCACGCAGCACGGCAGAAUUUGGCCGCUAUAUUUGCAGUUCGUGCGCCGGUUUGAGAUGCCGGAAACGGCGCUUCGUGUGUACCGCCGUUAUCUGAAACUCUUCCCCGAGGAUGCUGAGGAGUAUGUUGACUAUCUGCAGGAAGCGGAACGGCUGGACGAAGCUGCCCAGCAGUUGGCUCACAUUGUUGACAACGAGCACUUUGUGUCCAAGCACGGCAAGUCCAACCAUCAGCUGUGGAAUGAACUGUGCGACCUCAUCUCCAAGAAUCCGCACAAGGUGCACUCCCUCAACGUGGACGCCAUCAUCCGCGGCGGCCUGAGGCGUUACACCGACCAACUGGGCCACCUGUGGAACUCCUUGGCGGACUACUACGUCCGUUCGGGUUUAUUCGAUCGCGCCAGAGAUAUCUACGAGGAGGCCAUCCAAACGGUGACAACUGUGAGAGAUUUCACCCAAGUCUUCGACGAGUACGCCCAGUUUGAGGAGCUUUCGCUGAACAAACGCAUGGAACAGGUGGCCAGCAAUGAGUCGGCCACUGAGGAGGACGACAUCGACGUGGAGUUGCGACUCUCCCGCUUUGAAUACCUCAUGGAGCGCCGGCUGCUGCUGCUUAAUAGCGUACUGCUCCGCCAGAACCCGCAUAAUGUGCACGAGUGGCACAAGCGGGUCACACUGUACGAAGACAAGCCCGCCGAGAUCAUCAGCACAUACACAGAGGCCGUGCAGACGGUGCAGCCAAAGCAGGCGGUUGGCAAACUGCACACGCUCUGGGUGGAGUUUGCCAAGUUCUAUGAGGCCAACGGGCAGGUGGAGGAUGCGCGAGUGGUCUUUGAACGCGGCACCGAGGUGGAGUACGUCAAGGUGGAGGAUCUAGCCGCUGUGUGGUGCGAGUGGGCCGAAAUGGAGCUCCGUCAGCAGCAGUUCGAGGCUGCGCUUAAGUUGAUGCAGAGAGCCACUGCGACACCGAAGCGAAAGGUUGCCUAUCACGACGAUACGGAGACGGUGCAGGCGCGUCUCCAUCGUUCGCUGAAAGUGUGGUCCAUGUACGCCGAUCUGGAGGAGUCCUUUGGCACCUUUAAGACCUGCAAAGCGGUCUACGAACGGAUAAUUGACCUAAAGAUCUGCACGCCGCAGAUAAUCAUCAACUAUGGCAUGUUCCUCGAGGAGCACAACUACUUCGAAGAGGCUUAUCGUGCCUAUGAGAAGGGAAUCGCUCUGUUCAAGUGGCCCAAUGUGUACGACAUCUGGAACUCCUAUCUGAGCAAGUUCCUGGAGCGAUAUGGCGGCACUAAGCUAGAGCGUGCGAGGGAUCUUUUCGAGCAGUGCUUGGAUCAGUGUCCCGCCGAGCAUGCCAAGUACUUUUACCUCUUGUACGCCAAGCUGGAGGAGGAACACGGCUUGGCCAGGCACGCUAUGUCAGUGUACGAUCGCGCCACUUCCGCUGUAAAGGAGGAUGAGAUGUUCGACAUGUACAAUAUCUUUGUGAAAAAGGCGGCCGAGAUCUAUGGAUUGCCACGUACCCGGGAGAUUUACGAAAAGGCCAUCGAGGCGCUGCCCGAGCAGCACAUGCGUCACAUGUGCGUCAAGUUCGCAGAGUUGGAAACAAAGCUGGGAGAGGUGGAUAGAGCCAGGGCCAUAUACGCCCAUUGCUCGCAGGUCUGCGAUCCCCGCAUCACCGCCGACUUCUGGCAGACGUGGAAGGAGUUCGAGGUGCGUCAUGGCAACGAGGACACCAUGCGCGAAAUGCUGCGCAUCAAGCGCUCCGUUCAGGCCACCUACAACACGCAGGUCAAUAUGAUGGCCGCCCAAUUCCUCAACACAAACAAUGGCACGGCUGCCGACGCUGGAGCUGGAACGGAUGCAAUGCGGCAGCUGGAGGAGAAGGCACGCCAAGCGGCUGCCGAGGCCAAGCAGAAACCCACCGAGAAGGCCGCAUCCAAUAUAAUGUUUGUGCGCGGAGAAACGCAGGGUGGGGCCAAGGACAAAAAGGACACGGUGGUCAAUCCCGAUGAGAUUGACAUUGGCGACAGCGACGAGGACGAGGAGGAUGACGACGAUGAGGCGGAGAACGAGGGUGCGAACCAAGAGAACCAAGCAGUCGAGGCGGCAGCCACAAAAACCGAUGACGAGGGUCUCGUCAUGAAGAAACUGCGCUUCGAGCAAAAGGCCAUACCCGCCAAGGUCUUUGGCAGCCUCAAGCCCACCAAUCAAGGCGACUCGGAUGAGGAGUGAUUUAUUUGAUCAUUGAUUUCUGUUUAGGCUAAAAAUAUAUAUAAAGCUGUCAAACGUUUAAGAACUGCUGGCAAAGAAAUUUGA